CUACCAAGCGCCUUUUCUAGUUUCCUGAGAAACUCUACAGUCUACACUUUGCACGGCAAUGCCUCUGCAAGUUCUGCUUUCACCUUCGUCUUCCCUUAAACCCCACUUAACCCUCGCCUCCAUUCCCAUUACACCGAAAGCUCCCAUUUCGUUUUGCUCUGCAAAACCCAUUACUCUGUGUCGCAAAAUGUCACAUACUCCUACUCAGGACAGCAUCAAUGUACAGCUCAGCAGAUGGUCUCUUGACGGGAAGUCCGCUCUCGUUACUGGCGGUACUCGUGGAAUCGGGCGAGCGAUAGUGGAGGAAUUGGCGGGGCUAGGGGCGAGAGUGCACACGUGCGCCCGAAACAAGAGUGAGCUCGAGAAAUGCUUGAAAGACUGGGAUGAUUCGGGUUUUGCGGUUACUGGGUCGGUAUGUGAUGUGUCUUUGGGAGUACAGAGAGAGGAGUUGAUGGAGACCGUGGCCUCCGUGCUUGACGGGAAGCUUAAUAUCCUUGUUAACAAUGUUGGCACAAAUAUCCGGAAGCCAAUUGUUGAAUUCGCAAGUGAAGAGUUUUCUAUUCUCAUGGCAACCAACUUUGAAUCUGUUUUCCAUCUGUCGCAACUUGCUUAUCCACUCCUGAAAGCAUCUGGUGUAGGAAAUGUUGUAUUCAUGUCUUCAGUGUCUGGUUUUGUCUCCCUGAAGUCAAUGUCUGUACAGAGUGCAACCAAAGGAGCAAUCAAUCAACUAACAAAAAGCUUAGCUUGUGAAUGGGCAAAAGACAAUAUCAGGAGCAAUGCUGUUGCACCUUGGUACAUCAGAACUUCUAUGGUCGAGCAAGUUCUUAGCAAUAAAGAAUAUCUAGAAGAGGUAUAUUCUCGAACCCCUCUUGGACGUCUUGGAGACCCAACAGAGGUUUCAUCGCUGGUGGCGUUUCUAUGCUUACCUGCUUCGUCAUACAUCACAGGCCAGAUUAUUUGUGUUGAUGGAGGGAUGUCUGUGAAUGGUUUCUACCCAGUACAUGACUAACAGCCAUAACUGCGUUUGUUAGCGUUAAUCACCACAAUAUCUUGUUGUACUCUCUUCAAGAAGUCGUCAACUAUUUGUUCUUAGUAGGCAAAAACAUUUUUAAGAUGAGAUUUUCACCCUGGUCAGGGUAAUAAUGUCUCGCUUGAACCAGGCUUUUCUUAUCUUCUUGUACUCUCUUCAAGAAGUGGUCAGCUAUUUGUUUGUAGUAGGCAACAUUUUUAAGAUAAGACUUUUGUUAUUCUUCUGCUUAAGCUUCUAUACUUGAGAUAG